UUCAGUUCAGUUUUCCUUAUCAGCCAAAGAACAGUUGGAGCCGGAGAGCCAGAAUGCCGAAACGAGAAAUAAAAGAAGAAAAGCCGAAACUCUUUAAAAUCAGGAGAGCAGGAGAGUCUAAGAAGUUCGGAGUAGCAGCGUCGACCCUGAAGGAGCUGAUCAGGAAAGGAUGUGGGCUGUUUCAGGCGUCUCCGUCGAAGGCGCAGUGCUGUCUGUACGAGGACGGGACUCUGAUAACGGAAGAGUAUUUCCUACACGUUCCUGAAAACACAGAGGUGGUUCUGCUUUCUGCUGGGCAGAGCUGGAGCGGCUCUGUGGUUUAUGACCUUGGCCAGGUGCUGUGUUUGGACAGACAUGCAGACGAGCUCAUCAGUGCAGCCAAGAACCUGCUGCAGGACGAUGAUGAAGAGCUUCCUGCUAAAAGAAGAAAACUCCUGGGGGAUCUCUUGUGUAAUCUGAAAGACAACGCAGAUCUGGAGGACAGAGCAGAUGAUGAGGAAUGGUUUGAAGGGAUUGACACAAGGUUUAAGACCAAGUCGGCAUAUAUGAAAUACAACUGUGAACAAAGGAUACGGGGGUACCUGAAAGAGGUGGAUGGUCAUGCUCAGACUAUUCAGAGUGUUAGGGCGAAAGGUGAAUAUAAGAAGGUGGUGAUGAGCUUGGCAGAAAAGCUGAAAUCUGAGCGUUAUAAUGGUAAUUACUUUGACAGGACAGAGAAGGAGCUACAUCGACUCUGCACUAAUGAAGGCUGGUUCUCUUGUCAGGGUGCUUUUGAUCAAGAGAAGUGUGGGUCUCUGCAUUCAAUAAAUCCAUACGGCAACCGUGAGAGCAGAAUACUCUUCAGCACCUGGAAUCUGGACCACAGAAUUGAGAAGAAGAGAACAAUCAUACCGACUCUUGUUGAAGCACUUCAUGCUAAAAAGAGCAGCGACAUAAACCUGGACUAUUUCUACAAACUGCUGUUCACUCGAGAAAACCUCAAACUGGUUCACAUUGUCUGCCACAAAAAAGGGGCUCAUGACCUAACAUGUGAUUCACGCCAAGUGUACAAACGGGCUAAGAAGACUCAGAGGUGACAUGGGUAAUAAUCGCCUCAUGGAUUCCAUAGAUUAGUCUGGGGAAAGUGGUUAUUUUCUGCCAACUGGGAACACGUAGCAUUUACAAGAACAAAAACGGGUCUAUACAGGUCUUUUUAUAUUGUAUUUUUUAUAAAAUAUGAAUUAUUUUUUCAUAAUGACUUGUAAUUGUUUACUUUUUAUACCUUUUAUAUUUUUUUAAUGUGGACUUUACUAGUGGUCCCCUUUGAUUUUGUGUACACUGAUCAGUGACUGAACUAUUAAAUUCAAUUUCUUAUGCACCCUCA